UUUCAUCUGUAAUCGAGAACUUCGGUUUUUUAUAUGACCGGGCUUAUAGCCAGAGAAUAUAUUUAUGUCACUGUCUCAAUUCCCCUGGUCCCUAAUUUUUGGAUGGAUACCAAAUUGGGCAUAUUUUGUCUUAGGACAGUGACAUUAUGCCUGUUCUAUUGUGAAUGUUAUCGAAAGCUUGGGUGAUGCAAAUGCAGUUCAAGAAGGGUUUAAGGUUCAUGCCAUUUUGGUUAAGAAUGGUUGUUUUGAUGCUAGCUUAUAUAUUAAGGUCUGUUUGGUUAGAAUGUAUUUUAGGUGUGGGAAAAUUGAGCUUGCGCGAAGAAAUGUAUUUGAUGAAAUUUCUGAGAGAGAUGUUGCUUUAUGAGGUGCCAUGGUUGCUGGUUUUGCACACCAUGUGAUUCGGAUUGAAGCAUUGCAGUAUGUGAGGUUGAUAGUAGAUGAAGGAAUAAUGCCGAAUUCGGCUUUGAUGAUGGGUGCUCUUCCCUUAGUUGGGGAGCUUGGCACAUUGCGGAUAGGUCAAGAGGCUCAUGCUUUGAUGAUGGGUGUUCUUCCCUUAGUUGGGGAGCUUGGGUGCCAUGAUUUAUAAGCAUGCUUUGGCCUGGAUUGAGUUUGCUGGUACCUUACAACUUUCUCUGAGCAAAUUUGAAUCAUAAGCACACACUUCUCUGUGAUGUUUGUAAUGUAUACUAUACUGUAUAUGGAGUUUCAACACUAGUAUUAGUUGUAGAAUGGGAUAGUUCAUGUUUUCUACAAAUUCAAGUCCCAGUUUGGAAGCCUGGAAGUCCUACAUAACAUUUGAGUUCUUUUCUAUGGAUUGAAAACUCUUAAUACGUUUUGAAUUAUUAGAGAUAUAUUCAGUAUUGGAAUCUUUUAUUUGUAACUUGUAAGGUUAAUUUCUCUUCGUUUCUAUCAUGGAUUGGUUCCAAAUGUUAGUUAUUACAUUUCAGGUUGUCGGAGACCGAAUAGGAGCAGUGUUUGGAAGCUUAGUUGAAGUGCCUCUUAGACCAUCCAACAAGAAAUACCAGGGAACAAAUAGUACAUUUGUUUUUACAAAUAUUUCUAGCCAUCUUGUUAUAUAUCGUCCAACAGGGUUAAACCGCUAUUUCACACUAUGCAACAUUGAGUUCUUAGCAAUUGGAGGGGGAAGUCAUUUUGCGGUUUAUUUGGAUGGUGAUUUGUAAGAACUUUCUACUUCCAUCGCUAUCUCUUUGCUUAAAUUGUUACUCUUAUACUGCCAAAAGAAAAAAAUUGAAAAAUAUAAAAAGGAAGAAAUGUGAACAUGUCUUCGAUCAUAUAUCAUCACCUUGUGUUUUUAUUUAAUCCAUUUCAAACUCUUGCAAUAUUCUUGAAGAUUGAAUGGCUCAAGGUCGGUCUCGGAAACCUACGGAAAUCCUUGCCUUGCGAAUUCUUAAGAUUUCGAAGUAAAGGAAGUAGAGGUGCUCAUGCAACUUCUUCGAUUCUUCUCACAUGCACAUAAUGUUACACACUCCUUCAUCCUUUCUUUUUCAUCUUUUUCUGGUUGCUAAUUUCAAGAGACAUUUAUAGCUAAAGAAAAUUUACUGGUCUUUCACUCAUAUACACAGUUAUGGGGCUUUGUGUAUGCUUCAAAGCCAGUAUAUAUGGAGUCCGUACACAUGAAAAACUCAAUUUAG